AUGCCUACAGAGGGAUAUUAUAAUACUUUUUAUACUGAAAGUUCAAAUGGAAAGUAUGUUCCCCGUGCUAUUUUUGUAGAUUUAGAGCCAAGUGUAAUUGAUGAAAUACGUGUAGGUCCUUAUAGACAAUUAUUUCAUCCAGAACAAUUAAUUACUGGAAAAGAAGAUGCAGCUAAUAAUUAUGCUAGAGGGCAUUAUACUAUUGGUAAAGAACAUAUUGAUAGAGUUUUAGAACGUAUACGUAAACAGGCUGAAAGUUGUUCUGGCCUUCAAGGCUUUCUUGUUUUCCAUUCUUUUGGUGGAGGUACCGGGUCUGGAUUUAGUGCACUUUUAAUGGAACGUUUAUCUGUGGAAUAUGGAAAAAAAUCAAAAUUAGAAUUUUCUGUGUAUCCAGCCCCUCAAGUAGCCACAGCUGUAGUUGAACCUUAUAAUUCUAUAUUAACAACACAUACAACAUUAAAUCAUUCUGAUUGUUCUUUUAUGGUUGAUAAUGAAGCUAUUUAUGAUAUUUGUAGAAAAAGUUUAGAUGUUGAGAUAGCCCAAAUUGUUUCUUCAAUAACUGCAUCCUUACGUUUUGAUGGUGCUUUAAAUGUUGAUUUAACUGAAUUUCAAACUAAUUUGGUUCCAUAUCCGCGAAUUCAUUUUCCUUUAGCCACUUAUGCACCUGUAAUUUCUGCUGACAAAGCUUAUCAUCAAUCUUUAUCUGUUGCUGAAUGUACACAAAUGUGUUUUGAACCAGCUAAUCAAAUGGUUAAAUGUGAUCCAAGAAAAGGCAAAUAUAUGGCUGUUUGUUUGCUUUAUAGAGGGGAUGUUGUUCCAAAAGAUGUAAAUGCAGCAAUUGCUGGAAUUAAAACAAAAAGAGGGAUUAAUUUUGUUGAUUGGUGCCCAACGGGUUUUAAAGUUGGAAUUAAUUAUCAGCCACCGACUGUUGUACCUGGCGGUGAUUUAGCUAAGGUUCAUCGUGCUGUCUGUAUGCUUUCAAAUACAACAGCAAUUGCUGAAGCGUGGGCUCGUUUAAAUCAUAAAUUUGAUUUAAUGUAUUCUAAACGUGCAUUUGUUCAUUGGUAUGUUGGGGAGGGGAUGGAAGAAGGAGAAUUUUCUGAAGCGAGAGAAGAUUUGGCUGCUUUAGAGAAAGAUUACGAAGAAGUUGCUGAAUGCUCUGAACCUUUACCUGAUGAUGAAGAAUAUUAAAAAAUAUAAUACUUCUUGUGAAAUUUUGUGAUUAUUAAAAAUAGUAAUACAUACUAGAGACCUUGCCGUAGUACUGACGGCAUUCUUCGGUAUUCCGUACAAUAACCUAUAGAAGUUGGUAAUAUGGUAAAAUUUUGAAAUUGAUUGGUAUUUUCGGUAUUACCAAGCGGAAUUCGGUACGGUACAAAAUUCCGGUCUCUAAUACAUACAUACAUUAAUUUUUUAUAUUUUAUUAUAAAAAUGG